GAUGGAGUUAGGAUUAUGAAAAAGAAUGAGAAUUGCGAGAUGGAGAAAUUGAGAGAGGAAGUUGAGAAUUUAAAGAAGAUGAAGAUAGUUGCGGACCAGCAUGCUACGGCGAAGAUAUGUGCGCCUGAGAGCUCGGUUAGGUUGCAGCAGGAGUUCGAUGAAGCAAAAAGGCAGGCGCAGGAGGCUAAUGAACGGCGCAUCGCUGCCUUGGAGCAACAGGUUCUGACACUGAAGCGUGUGACGGAGGAAGCAGUAAGUGAAGCAGAGGGCUGGAAAGCGGAGGCACGACGUUCUGGCAAUAAACGUGGAAGCAUUGCCAUUGGGGCUACACCUAGCCCCCAACUUCACUCUCGACCGAGGUGUGCUCCAGCAAUCACCCCGCUGUGCACGAAGAAGAAAGUUGCUGAGGAUUAUAGUGAUUUGGUCGCCAGACAUUUGGAGAAGGUAAACAUUUUGAAGGAUAUGAGAAUCAGAGAAUUCAACAGGAGACGAGAAGCAGAGCAGGAGGCAGAGAGAGUCAGAGAAGAGAAAGAUCGAGAGAUUGAGAAACUGAAGGAGGCAUUGAGUCGGGUGCAAAUGGAAUCURUCGGGAAGCAGAAGGUAGCUAGUACCAAGCAGCGGAGACAUGCUGCAACAGACUUAAGGCAACGUCUCGAAGCGGCUACGGAAGGUGUUGAUGGCUGUGUGGACAGAGGGAAGAAGGCGGCCGUUUUGACCAACGAUCGGGAGGUCUUUCUAAAGGAUUGCAGAAAAGAACUGAAGCCACUGAAGAGGGAUGUUGUGGUCGCCAUCUGUGAGAAUGAAGGAAUCACAUAUACUACCUUGGAAAAAGCCAAAGAAGAGAUCGUGCAGCUACGAACUCGAAGGGCAUGUGACAAAGCGCCACCUGGCAAUCGGGAGGGUGUUGUGUUUGAAGAUCUCAUCGGUGCAUCCGAAGGCCAGAGUGCAGACUUGGGUAAGUUUGAUGGGGGAGAGGACAACACCUCUUAGGGUUCGUUCCUGACGUGGCUUACUUUUGGAAGAUGGUCAGGCACUGUUCGAAUAUUCGUGGAUUGUCUGUGGAGCGAUUAAGAUGUCGUUAUCUGAAUUCGUUGCUAUGCUUGGCAGUUAUUGGUUUGACGUUGACUGGUCAAAUUCCUUGGGCGAAUAAGUUUGUCGGGUGUUUCUCCUCCCUUCUUUCGCGUGGGUAUGAUUUUGAUCGUUGCGAUGACCCUCUGGUCUAUGUGUUGAUUUCUCCCUGGUGUAGGCAUACUUACGUUGGUAGUACGACUAGAGAGGUGCACACACGAUGGAAUGAGCACGUGUACAGAGUGUGCAAUCCCUCCCUAAUUAGCAAGGGUGACCGUAGUGAGAAGCUUUAUUGUUGGCUGAGAAGGUGUGGAGUAAAUCGGUAUGUAGCGA